AUGGGGGUGGUAGUUUUGGUGGCUCAGUCAGUUCUGGGAGUGUUUAUGGAGGUGGAUAUGGUGCUGGGUAUGGUGGUGGAUAUGGCGGCUUAUAUGGGUUUACGACCAUCACAAAAGAUGUCUGACCUGUGUUGCCGACCCAGCCCAUGUUAUCCUGACAUAUGUCCAGAUCCAUGUGUGACUGCCUGCAAUGACCUUUGUAUCACCUCGUGUGGAGAUUCAACAGCAGUGGUCUAUCCACCACCAGUUUCGGUGUUAUUCCCAGGACCAGUUCUCUCUACUUUCCCUCAACAGAGCCUAGUGGGAAGCACCUUGCCAGUUCUACCCUUAGGAGCCGGGGGCUCAUUUGGGGGUGGUGUUUUGGGUGGCUCAAGUGGUUAUGGUGGUGGAUAUGUGGGUGGUUCAGGGGGCUUAUAUGGCUCUGGGGGCUUAAGCGGUUAUGGAAGCUCAUAUGGUUAUGGAGGCUCGUAUGGUUAUGGAGGUUUAUGUGGUUAUGGCGGUGGAUACAGGGGUGGCUAUGGGGGCUUAUGUGGGUAUGGGAAGAGAUAUGGUAGGAAGUGCUAUUCUUACCGCGGUGGAAGCUGCGGCCCAUGUUAA